AUGAGUAAAAACAAGUUACUGAACAUUAAAGACAAGAUCGAGGGGAACGAGGCGGACCUGAGCCUAUGGAACCUGACGGAGGUCCCGGUGCGAGAGCUGGCUGCUGUUUCCAAAGUCACUGUCGUGGAUUUAUCCUGCAAUAACAUCACAGUGAUCACACCGGAAUUCUGUGGCCUGGUUCACCUGGUGAAGCUGGACCUGAAUAAGAACCAGCUGGAGUGUCUACCAGAGGAGUUUGGUCACCUGGUACAUCUGCAGCACCUGGAUCUACUGGGAAACCGGCUGAAGGAUCUCCCUGUGUCCUUCUGCAGACUCAGAAGCCUGAGGUGGUUGGACCUGAAGGACAAUCCUCUGGAGCCUGGUUUGGCCAAAGCUGCAGGAGACUGUCUGGACGAGCGGCAGUGUAAGCAGUGUGCAUCACAGGUCCUUCAGCACAUGAGAGGUCUACAUGAGGAGGUGGAGAAGAUCAGACAGAAGAAACUACAGAGAGAGAAAGAGCUGGAGAAGAAGCGAGAGGCCAAGCAGCGCGAGCGCGAGGCCAGAGAGAAAGAGCAGAAGAAACGAGAGAAAGCAGAGGAGAAGGAGAGGCGUAGACACGAGUACAACCAGCAGGUGGCAGCACAGGCAGCACAGGAGCAGAGCAGGAGGAGACAGGAGGAGAAGAGGAGGAGGAGCGGUAAGAGCACAGAGAAACUAUCAGUGGCUGCAGCUCCUCUCACACCAGCUCGCCGCUCCGUCCUGCGCCUCCUCUUACGCCUCUUCUUGGUGGUCUCCCUGGGGCUGGUGGCUGCUGUGGUCUCCUGCCGCUUCACAGAGCUGUCUCUACAGUCUGUCUGCUCAGACCUAAACCUCCUCCUGGACCAGAGUCUGUCCUGGACCCGGGACCAGAGAGUCCUUAUCCAAGACCUAAUCCAAGACCUGAUCCUGGAUCUGUCGGCCAGCGCACGCCGCCUCAUUGAGGCCACGCACCAACAGUUCACUGCCAACAACUGA